UCUCGCAUCCAGUUAGCAAUAAGCUACCUGACAGGUUUGUGUCGACGAUUUCUGGUUUAGCUCGAAAGAUGGAAUAUGCUUCUACACAAAGCUGUGUUUCAAUACGUGACUUAAGCCCGAAUAUCGCACGUCCGAAUGUGGUCGGGAUUGUUAUUGGAAAGACUGAUGCAAGAGGAUUCCCUGACAGGAAAAAUGUUGGUUUGGAGCGAUUCACUUUCAGCUACACAAUUAAAGACUCUCCAGACCAUUUCAUUAACGUAUCUUCAUGGGGCACUGAAGAAUACAUUCAAGGGCUUUCCAGUCAUAUCAAAAUAGGAGACUGUGUUGUCAUUGAAAAUCCUCUUGUUGUUGCUAAAGAUCCAGUGAGAGAGGACAGAUUCUGCCCUUCAACCCCAAGUUUUUACAGAUUGUUGGUGACAGAAGCUCACUCAACGAUUAGAAUGUGUACAGAUUUAGACACCGAGAGCAGGCUGGUUUCUCUGUUCCACAUACCAGUAAAGGACUCUGGGGAUUUCUACUCACUGGGAGACAUUACUGCAAAUGGACAAAGCCUAGACGGGAACUUUAUUAAUAUUCUAGCUGCUGUGCGAUCUAUUGGAGAGCCAAAGUUCUUCACUACUUCAGAUGGGCGAAAAGGGCAGAAGCUAGAGAUUAAACUGUUUGAUGAAACUUUGUCAUCCUUCCCUUUUAUAUGCUGGGAUCGAGAAACAAUUCAGUUUGUGCAAACCCUGCCGCCAAGGGAGACAGUGCUCUUCAUUGUGGAUGCUCGCAUCAGCUUUGAUACUUUUCGUAACUGUAUGGUCGCAACAGCUACCUCGAAAACAAUUAUUACUGUAAACCCUGAUACAGUAGAAGCCAACCAGCUCUUCAGUUACGCCAAAGAAUUAUCAGAAAGUGAACAGCUAGAGGAGCCAGAGAUAGAAAUGAAUGUAAAUGUUCCAUUGGACUCCAUUAGUGAUGUACUGACAGUGAGUCAACUUAAAGCCAGAGUCCAAAAAAACUCUGAAGCCUUUUAUGGUGUGAUAUAUGGGUUCAUCACCACUUUAGGAUUAGAUUCCUGCAUUACUAAAGUCAUUCGCAGCAGGUGUGACAGGUGCAAAUUUCGUGUAAAUGAGGAGGUUGAGGUAUGCACUAAUACAGCGUGUCCAAGACAUGGACAAGCAGGUGAAGUUAGUGCAGCCUUUGAUCUUCUGGUGGAUGUCAGUGACCACACAGGAACUCUGCAGGGCUGCAACCUGUCAGGCACAGUCGCUGAGAAAACACUGGGAUGCACUUCUAAGGAAUUUGUGUGUCUCUCUGAGUCUAACCGGACAGCCUUGAAGUGGAGGUUUCUACUGGAAAGAUGCAAAACAUAUAUAAAGGUGUUACCAUCAACAAGAAGCAAAAAUGGCAUGAGGACAAGCAUCCUGUCUUGCACCCUUGCUGAUCCAGUGGAAGUAAAGCAAAACAUAUCUGUCUAGAACAGAUGAGUGCCAGUGGGCUCACCAGUUAUUAAUAAUACACACAGGAAUUGUGAUCAAAUAGUGUCACUGCU